GGCAUUGGCGACACGCGGAGACGUGUGCAGACAUGGGCCGCAGAAAGUCCAAGCGGAAGCCGCCCCCCAAGAAGAAAAUGACAGGGACCCUGGAGACUCAGUUCACCUGCCCCUUCUGCAACCACGAGAAGUCUUGUGAUGUGAAAAUGGACCGAGCCCGCAACACCGGAGUCAUCUCCUGCACUGUGUGCUUGGAGGAAUUCCAGACGCUCAUCACCUAUCUGUCAGAGCCCGUGGAUGUCUACAGUGAUUGGAUAGACGCCUGCGAGGCAGCCAAUCAGUAGCGAGGAGGAGGACCUACCCCCUGGCAACCUGUUCCCAGCCCCCGCCUGGGUUCAGCGCCAGAGACAUUGGGGGGCCAGGGUGUGGG